UCUGUGAAAUUAAGACAGAUUAAGAACGAGUCGUAAUUUCGUCGAAAUUGAUGGACUUAAAAUGGUUUAACUAAAUAUUACGAUAAAUCAUGCUUGACUUUAUUUUGAUCAUAACUAAAUUUUCACAUGCGAUAAGAAAACUUAAAUUUCCCUUCAUUUAAGUGUAAUAAGAUUUAUUUUCAGUUUUGUGGGUAAUCGUCCAGCUAUUCGAGACUCUUCCUUGUAUUAUAUAACACACUGUUGAAAAUAUGGAAGAAAAUGGACCUCCAAAAACAGCCGACAGAACAAACAUUAAUAUACAGGAUCUCCCAGAAGAACUAAGGAUCAGAAUAUUUUCGAUUUUACCAUUGAAGGACAUUUUUUCCGUCUGCCUGGUCUGCAAGAAGUGGAAUUCCUUGGCUAAUAGUGAAUCAUUGUGGAAGAUAAAAUGUAACAGUCUUCCAGCAAACGUGGAAUGGGAAAGUUUGAACGACGAUGAAAAGGGCUGUAGAUGGAAGGAAAUAUAUAAACGAAACUUCUGGCGAACAUUUCAUCCAGAUAUGUUCAGAAAUCCAGCAGCAUAUGAUGAUCUUCCGCAAGGAAUGUUAAGUAACAUGGAUGUGGACUCGGUGGCUGAUGUACUCCAACUAUCGAAACGAUCAUCAUAAUAUUUUACCGUGAUAAGGGUCCGUUUAUAUAUUUCGGAAAUGGUGUGAUCAAAGUACUAGUGCCAAAUGGUUUUAGUGUAUACAAUUAAUAUACAUUUUUUAACAAAAGUAUUUUCACCAAUUUUAUUUCUUUUAUGAAAUAUUGAUCGUUUUUAAUUAAAGAAAAUACACUGUCUUACUGGAUCUUAGUGGAAUGAUCCAUUUCACACUGGUAUAACAACAUACCUCUAAGAAUAGUUCAAAAACGUUAUCUGCAUGACGUAACCUAUUUUGGAUAUGAGUUCAUGUGGGAUGGAUGGAUCAAAUACAUUAUACUCUCUUUAACUUGUUAAAGGGGUAUAAAAAUACCCUACGAACUAAAGGUCAGAGAAAGGGAGUUUUUAUAUAUUAAAAAAAAAUUGUGUAUUGAACAACCAACCAUGAUAUGGAAAAUAAGCACAUGUUUAUACUUGAUUGUAUCAUAGAAUACAUUUCUUAAAGCAAUUUGGUUGUACAGCAUUAGGUCAAGUUCAACAAGUAGUAUAACUGGUAAUUCAAAUUUUGUUACCAUUUCUAUGUCUUAAAUACAGAAUGUAAAUACAAUGAUGUAGACUUUAACAUAUACACUAUAAAUCCAUGGUUAUUAUGCAAAACAAAUUAAUUGAGCAAACACAAUUUUAUAGACUCUGUCAGAUGUUUUAUUGCAGAUAAAUACGUAAUUAUCUGGCAAUCAGUUGAUGUUAUUUACAGUUAUUCAUGUCUACAAUGUUGGAUAAAAAUGUUGCGUCAG